CUUCCCUAUAAAUAAUAAGAGGGAGAACAUGUAGUAGUGCAUCACAUAUGACAUACAUAGAUACAGAAGAGUAUCGGGAAUAUUAAUUAAUAUCAGGAUCAGGAAAAGGAGAAAAAGAGAGAGAACGAAAAUGGCGACGCCGACGUCGGAUCUGUCGAUGAUCCUCCCCCGCGUUCUGAUCGUCUCCCGCCGCACCGUCCGCAAGAACAAGUUCGUCGACUUCGUCGGCGAAUACCACCUGGACCUGAUCGUGGGGUACGGGGCGGCGCCGGUGAUCGUGCCGCGGGUGGCCGGGGUGCAGAUGCUGCUGGACAGCUUCGAGCCCAUCCACGGCGUGCUGCUCUGCGAGGGGGAGGACAUCGAUCCCUCGCUCUACGACGUGGCCGAGGAGAUGCCGGCGGCGGGGCUGUCCCCCGACGAGCUCGACGAGGUCCGCCGCCUCCACGCCAGCGACGCUGUCGGCGACCGCGAGAAGGACAACAUCGAACUCCGCCUCGCCCGCCGCUGCCUCCAGCGCAACGUACCCUUCCUCGGCAUCUGCCGCGGAUCCCAGGUCCUCAAUGUUGCAUGCGGUGGCACCCUCUACCAAGACGUCGAGUGUGAACUCGCGAAGACCGGCAAGGAGGCCGUUGCGCACAUCGACUACGACAACUACGACGGCCACCGCCACCCAGUGACCGUCGAGGAGAACACUCCCCUGCAUUCGUGGUUCCGCGAUUCACUGCAAGAGGGAAAGAUGGAGCUCAUGGUGAACAGCUACCACCAUCAGGGUGUGAAGAGGUUGGCCGACCGGUUUGUUCCGAUGGCUUUCGCGCCUGAUGGAUUGAUCGAAGGGUUCUACGACCCAGAUGCGUAUAAUCCAGAGCAGGGCAAGUUCAUAAUGGGCCUGCAGUUUCAUCCUGAACGGAUGAGGCAGCCAAGUUCCGACGAGUUCGACUAUCCUGGAUGCCCAGCGGCUUACCAGGAAUUCGUGAAGGCGGUUAUUGCUUACCAAAAGAAGGUUAAUGACGUUGGGCAUAAUCCAAAAGACGCCCUGAAGAUGGAUCAAGAAAUGGAGAAGAGAAGGAAGAUCAUCGUCCGGAGCUUUUCGAUCGCAAAGAACUUGUACGACGCUAGAAUCGACAUGCCAUUAUCGAAGGAGCCCGAUCUCGAAGCUGGAGCCGAAUUUCUUGACUCGAACACCGCGCUGAGCCUGCAGCAGGACAAGAGACUGAAGCAGAUGGGCGCGACAGUUCGGAACGCGUCGUCGUACCUGCAGAGACUUAAGCUGAAUGAGGAGAGGGAGAGGGUCGCGAGGGUGUUUAUGGAGAGGAUGUCGGCAGAGCGUCUCUCGGAUUUGCUCUCUUUCUAUCACAUUAUGGAGAAAAUUUGCUCGGAGGUGUUGGAGAAGAAGCUGAUGAACACUUGAACUUCUCCUCGAAGCCACCUCAAUAUUGUGAACUUGGCAUGAGAUUGAAGUGCCCUAGAGUGUCUUUUUGUUGUAUUCUUCUGUUGUUAUCCUUCUCUGCACCACAUUGCUCAUCUAACUGUAAGCCUUUUCUGAAAUAAUCGUUCUCUUUAAAAGCAUAAGCUGCUUGAGAUUUUUCUUCUUAAAAGGGUAACUUAUAGACUAUAAGGAGCGUAAUACUUUGGUUCUCAAACCUUAUGUUAUUGUAAUUUUUUAUUCGAACUUUUUAAAUGAGAGACAAAAGUGAUCAAUCGAUCUUGCACUCGGGUAAUUUAAAGAAUC